CCAGUCCCCUCUUUUCCUCCCCAGAGAGAGACCUCCACCCAAAAGCCAUAACCCGCCACCACCUUCGGUGAGACUGAGUGAUUCCCACUCCUCUUCCAAGGAAAAGCCCCAAAGGUUUGCUCUCUAAACUCUUAAUCACUUCUCUUUUUCGCUCUCUCUUUUUGAUCUUCUCUCUGAAUCCCUUUCUGUAAUCUUCUGUGUUCUUCAAAGGAAGGAAAAAAAUCCAGUUUUGAGGUCCUUUUUUUGGUUUUUGGACAGAAAAAAGGAAGGCUUAGAGGGUUUUUUAUUUUUAACUAGGGAGCCAGAGGAUUCAGAACAGAGAUCCAGAGCUUUUUUUUCUUCUGGAUUUCAUCCUCAAUUUUUCUUUUUCUUUUUUGUUUUUCCGAGUCUUCCCUCUUUAAUCAGCCAAAGGGUUGUUUUCUAUACCCUUGUGGUUGUUUUCUCUCUGUUUUUAGAUCAAAAGAGGCAAACUUUUUACUCAAAACCUCUUUUUUAGGUGUUUUCUCCGAGGACCCAGUCUCCUGUUCUUUGGUUUUGUUUAAGAACCAGGUGGGUCUCAGCUUAAAGAUCCAAUCUUUCCUUUGAUUUUCUCACUUAUCCUCUUCUUUUUCUCUUAAAAAUCCUAUCUUUCUUUCUCUCUCUCUGUUUUAGCUUCAAAGUGUCAUUUUCCCUUUUUUCUAGCUUAGAUUUCAUGGCUACAGUUAUAGAUUUGUACAAUAGCCAUCAAGUACUAUCUUCAGAUCCCUUCAGUGAGGAGCUCAUGAAAGCAUUUGAACCUUUUAUCAGAUGUGCUUCCACCUCCUCCUCCUCUCCCUCCCCUUCUUCUACCUUCACCCCUGAGACCACCCCCUCUUCCUAUUCCUCCUCCUCCUCCUCCUCCUCUCCCUCCCNCUCCUCCUCUCCCUCCCCCUCUUUCUCCACCCCCUCCCCCUCCCUCUCCUCUUCUUCCUAUCCCUUCAGCCCCCUUGUCCCCACUCCCUCACCCUCCCCUCCCCCUCAAAAUCCCAUCUUGGACUGCUCCUCCUCAGGCUUUCUUGCCGCCGGCAGUCCCGGCCCGAUUGGUCUGAACCACCUUACUCCCGUCCAGAUUCAGCAAAUCCAAGCUCAAAUCCAACUCCAGCAGCAGCAGAACCUCCUCGCCGCCCGGCAACUGUCGCAGGGCCGCGCCGCGCCGAGCUUCCUCGGCCCCCGGGCCCAGCCCAUGAAGCACGCCGGCUCGCCUCCCCCGCCGCGCCCCGCCAAGCUCUACCGCGGCGUCCGGCAGCGCCACUGGGGGAAGUGGGUCGCCGAGAUCCGGCUCCCCAAGAACCGGACCCGCCUCUGGCUCGGCACCUUCGACACCGCCGAGGAGGCGGCCUUCGCCUACGACAAGGCCGCCUUCCGGCUCCGCGGCGACUUCGCCAGGCUCAAUUUCCCGCACCUCCGCGACGAGAUCGCCCGCGCCGCUGACGGCCCCCUCCACUCCUCCGUCGACGCCAAGCUCCAGGCCAUCUGCCAGACCCUCGCCAAUUCUCCGAAACAGGGCGCCCUUCAGCCCAUUCCGGAUGCCGCUGCCGAUGCCGGCCGGCGACCGAAUGCGGCGACGAGCGUUUUGGGCUCGGAGGACUUCAACAAGUCCGAGAGCUCGUCGGAGGGCGGCGAUGACUGCUCAUCCGGCUCGUCUCCGGCGUCGGAGAUGCAGCAUUUGGACUUUACGGAGGUGCCGUGGGAUGAAUCGGAGAGCUUCGUGCUGCGGAAAUAUCCCUCUUGGGAGAUCGACUGGGAUUCCAUCCUCGCCUAAUUUCGCUACUUAGCAUAGCUUGCAGUAUGUUGUUGUACUUAGUAUAGCUUGCAGUAUGUUGUUGUCUUUGUAGUUUUCGGUUUGGUGAUUGGUGUCUCCGGUGGUUGCGGCAAAUGGGUUUUUUGACAUUUGCUGAUCUGCUGUAGAGAUUUAAGGUAGGAAGGCUUGUGUUAUUAGUGUUUAGGGGUUUGGGGUUUUGGAUUUGUAUGUUUUAUGUGGUACUAAACCUGCUGGUUUGCUGGCUUUUUUCUUGGCAACACCAGUGGGGGAGAAUGUUAUGUUGUAAUACUCUAAUCGUAGUUGUUGUGGAGCAUUUGUAAUUAUUUCCAUGUAUUGGAAUGUGGAUGUGCUUUCUAGUGUGUAUUUAUGGUGUAUAUUAA